GGUGAUGGGGUUAAUUCCCUUUCGUAAGACUCUCACUUGCACCCACCCAGCCCCGCCGUCGCCCCGCCGCACCGCGCUCCAACCGCCUCCUCCUCCUCCUCAGUAACGCGGGCCACUGGAAGAUAUGAUUUAUUUGAUCCAAGACAGUCCAUUUCAGCCCAGGAAUCUACAGUGGUGACAAGGACAUGGGACUCCUCCUGCCAGAUUUCACAUGGUUCAAUACAAUUGACAUCCUGGCUGACAGCUGUGAAAAGGAACCUUGGAUUAUUUUAUUUUACUUUUGUGGAACACCACAAUACCAAAUCCAUAAGACACAUCAGGCUUCAAGUUCCCUGUAGAAUUCUAAAAUAACCUUUGCUAAUGAGGAUGUCUGAUACUGUUACUAUAAAAGAUGAAACUGAAACAAUGAAGGAUUUGGAGGCAGAAGUGAAAGAUACCACCAGAGUUGAAAAUCUUAUCAAAUCAGAAAACUAUGGGAAGAUUUUGGCAGAGAAGAAUGACCGUUGUAUUGACAACAAUAUUGAUUUGCAGUCAAGCUCAAAAUUAAAGCUAGUUCGGAGCCUUGCAGUGUGUGAAGAAUCUCCACCACCUCCUGCAGCAGAGAUAUCACAGGAGAACCAGGAAAAAAUUCAGAUCCAGUUAACACAAUCAUUUGAAAAAGAGGAGAAGCCCUCAAGAGAUGAAGCAGAUAAAGAAAAAGCCAGUGAUAAGUUACCCAGAAAAAUGUUAUCAAGAGAUUCCAGUCAAGAAUACACUGAUUCAACUGGCAUAGAUCUACAUGAAUUUUUAGUAAAUACAUUAAAAAACAAUCCCAGGGACAGAAUGAUGCUGCUGAAAUUGGAACAAGAAAUUUUAGAUUUCAUUGGUAAUAAUGAGUCUCCACGUAAAAAAUUUCCCCCAAUGACAUCUUACCAUAGGAUGUUAUUACAUAGAGUAGCCGCUUACUUUGGAUUAGACCACAAUGUUGAUCAGAGUGGAAAGUCCGUCAUAGUAAACAAAACAAGCAAUACAAGAAUACCUGAUCAGAAAUUUAAUGAACAUAUUAAGGAUGAUAGAGGUGAAGACUUUCAGAAACGAUAUAUCCUUAAGAGAGAUAACUCUAGCUUUGACAAGGAUGAUAACCAGAUGAGAAUACGUUUGAAAGAUGACAGAAGAAGCAAAUCUAUAGAAGAAAGAGAAGAAGAAUACCAGAGAGCUAGAGAUCGAAUAUUUUCCCAAGAUUCCCUGUGUUCCCAAGAGAAUUAUAUUAUUGACAAAAGAAUCCAAGACGAGGAUGCUAGUAGCACCCAGCAGAGGCGCCAGAUAUUUAGAGUUAAUAAAGAUGCUUCAGGAAGAUCAACAAAUAGCCAUCAAAGCAGCACUGAGAAUGAGUUGAAAUACUCAGAACCACGACCUUGGAGCAGCACAGAUUCAGAUAGUUCCCUCCGAAACUUGAAGCCUGCUGUAACCAAAGCAAGCAGCUUUAGUGGAAUCUCAGUCCUGACAAGAGGUGAUAGUUCUGGAAGCAGCAAAAGUAUAGGCAGGCUUUCAAAAACAGGUUCUGAGUCUUCUGGUAGUGUAGGGUCAUCUACGGGCUCUCUUUCUCACAUCCAGCAGCCUCUUCCAGGUACAACUCUCAGCCAGUCUUCUCAUGGCGCACAUGUCGUCUAUCCAACUGUCAGCACUCAUAGUUCUCUUUCCUUUGAUGGUGGCCUAAAUGGGCAAGUCGCAUCUCCUAGCACUAGCUUCUUUUUGCUUCCCUUGGAAGCGGCAGGCAUACCACCUGGCAGUAUUCUGAUCAACCCACAAACAGGUCAGCCCUUCAUAAACCCAGAUGGGAGUCCAGUUGUGUAUAAUCCUCCUAUGACUCAACAACCAGUUAGAUCCCAAGUGCCUGGACCUCCACAGCCACCUCUGCCACCCCCACCACCUCAACAACCAGCAGCUAAUCACAUUUUCUCACAGCAGGAUAACCUUGGUUCUCAGUUCAGCCACAUGAGUCUUGCCCGCCAGCCAUCUGCUGAUAGUUCUGACCCUCAUGCCACAAUGUUCCAGUCCACGGUUGUUCUUCAGUCUCCUCAGCAGUCUGGUUAUAUCAUGACAGCAGCACCCCCACCACAUCCUCCACCUCCACCACCACCUCCUCCUCCCCCACUACCUCCUGGGCAGCCAGUCCCUUCAGCUGCCUAUCCUGCCUCUGCUCAUCCUGUCAGCCAGCCUGUGCUCCAGCAACAAGGAUAUAUUCAGCAGUCCUCACCACAGAUGCCAGCCUGUUACUGUGCUCCAGGCCAUUUUCACUCCAGUCAGCCUCAGUAUCGCCCUGUCCCUUCUAUCCAUUAUAGUUCACAUCUAAACCAACCACUGCCACAGCCUGCACAGCAGACAGGUUUUCAAGUAAUGCCCAACCAGCAGCAAACUUACCAAGGAAUAGUUGGAGUACAGCAACCCCAGAGUCAGAGCCUCGUUUCAGGCCAACCAAACAGCCUUGGAAAUCAGAUUCAAGGAGUAGUCAUCCCCUAUCCUUCAGUGCCAUCAUAUCAGGUUUCACUGCCUCAAGGUUCUCAAGGAAUUGCCCAUCAGACUUAUCAACAGCCUGUUGUGUUCCCUAGUCAGUCUAAUCAAGGAUCUAUGCCUACAACAGGAAUGCCAGUUUACUACAGUGUCAUUCCACCUGGCCAACAAAAUAAUUUAAGCUCUUCAGUGGGUUUCUUGCAACAUCCAGGAUCAGAACAAGUACAGUUUCCUCGAACUACAUCACCGUGCAGUUCCCAGCCACUCCAAGGCCACCAGUGUGCAGCCAUGCCACCACCACCACCUGGUGGAGGAAUGGUAAUGAUGCAGCUCAAUGUACCGAACAAUCCACAAUCUCGUGCUCACUCACCCCCUCAGUGGAAACAAAACAAAUAUUACUGUGACCACCAGAGAGGACAGAAAUGUGUGGAAUUUAGCAAUGUAGACAAUAUUGUCCAGCAUAACCCUCAACUCAGCAGUCCCAUUAUUUCACCAGCGCAGUCACCAGCACCAGCUCAGCUGUCCACUCUGAAAAGUCUACGUCCAUCUGGACCACCGCUUUCCAUCAUGUCCCAGUUUUCUAGACCUUUUGUUCCUGGUCAGGGAGAUGCCAGGUAUCCAUUGCUUGGCCAGCCUCUGCAAUACAACCCUCCUGCAGUUCUACACGGACACAUUCCAAACCAACAGGGUCAGUCUGGAAGCAGGCAUGGGAACAGAGGAAGGAGGCAAGCUAAAAAAGCUGCAUCUACAGACCUUGGAGCAGGAGAGGCAGUUGUUGGCAAGGUCUUGGAAAUUACUGAACUACCUGAUGGAAUAACUCGCAUGGAAGCUGAGAAACUGUUUGGGGAACUCUUUAAAAUUGGAGCCAAGAUCCGGUGGCUUCGGGACCCCCAGUCCCAGCCCCAGCUACAUCGUCACCCUCUCUGCUGUGGCAGUGGAGACAGCACUGUCAACUCUGAACGCUCUAAACCCAGUGACUUGGCCUCUACAUACACGGUCUUAGCCACAUUCCCCUCCAUUUCGGCUGCACAGAGUGCCCUGAAGAAACAAAUUAACUCGGUUAACAAGUUUAAGCUGAGAACAAGCAAGAAGCACUAUGACUUUCACAUUUUGGAAAGGGCAAGUUCUCAGUAACAGCCCCCUUUGGACCCUUCAGUCUAUGGUUCCCCUGCCCUCUUUCAUCUCUGAUUGGCUUGGUAUUUGGAGCUUCUCUUAACAUUAUAGAGACUCCUAGAAUGUAUGGUCAUUGUGAUAUAGCUGUUGAAGGCCAGUGAUCCAGCAAAAGGAAGAAAAAUUACACAUUUUACCCCACUGACUAGAGGAAUCCACACAGGAAUGAUACAAUUAGCAGCUUUUUCCAAGGAAAUGCUGUUCAGAUGCCUCCUAACUUUUAUAGUUAUUUUGUUUUAUAUUUCUGAAUUCUUGUAUCAGAUCCAAAGCUCUAUUGUACAGCAAAUUAUUCUUCAAAGUGAUUAUAACCAGUUGCAACCUGUAUUUCUUUUGCAGCCAGCACACUAUGACCCAACUGAGAAUUUGGGGGAAAAAGAAUGCAGGAGUGGAAUAACCAAGUCAAAACCAUGUACAUCUUUUUGGGGGGCUGAGGGUAAUAAGGAGAGCCCACAAAUAGAAGAUUACUCUUCCCCUGUAUAUCUAUAAACACAGAAACAUUUUCCAGAAAAUACAAAACUUCCCUGUAGGGUCCUUAUUCAUUUAGGUAGUAUGAAUGUUAAGUGUAAAGUAAAUUAUGUUCUUAAUGCCUCUUAAUCAAACCACUUAUAUUCAAAGGGGAAUAGGAAUCAUCCUAGGCAGGAAAAUACUUCCAUUUUUUUAAAGUGUCCCUCCAAUAACUAAAUGCCACUUAACCUGCAUUCCCCUCCUUUGGGUUUUUUGGUCACCUAUGGAAAUUCCUUUGAUGAGUGCUGGAAACUUCUUAAGUGGUUUAAAUUUUGUUUCCAUUGUUUGCAGCGGAUUACUGGACAUCAAAGAUUCAUUGCACUUAGGAACCUUCUUUUCAAUUUCUGUGUAAUUUGCAAGGCUGUACAAUGUGUGCUGAUGCAAGCCUUUUUCAGUUCAAGAGAAUAAAUGUUUACAAAUACAGA